CAGACAACUAUUGACUAGAGGCAAUUCUUUUGCAGACUUUAGAAGAUUUUGGCUUGUAGCCAAAUUUGAAGUAGAAAUUUGACCGACGUUCUAACCACAAAUUAACCAACCACUGAACUAGGAGCUAGGAGAUAGUGAAUGGAAAGCUUCAAGGUGUUAGUUUUGUGCUCUUUUCUGCUCCAUUUCAUGCCAAGCAUCGACACGCUAGACACCAUUGUUCCAGGACAAUCUGUCAAAGAUGACAAGACUCUAGUUUCAGCAGAAGGGUCUUUUGAAGCUGGAUUCUUCAACUUUGGAGAUCCAAAUAGGCAAUAUUUUGGUAUAUGUUACAAGGAUAUUUCUCCAAGAACAUUUGUGUGGGUAGCAAACAGAGAUUCCCCAUUAGGAAACUCCUCAGGAAUUUUGAAUGUCACUGAUGGAGGAAAUCUAGUUAUUCUUGAUGCCACAAAUGUUUUGGUCUGGUCCUCCAAUACAUCAACAACUGCAAAGAAACCAGUUGUGCAGCUCUUGGAGAGUGGAAACCUUGUUGUGAGAGAAGAAAGCAACCCAGAGAAUCUUCUAUGGCAAAGUUUUGAUCUUCCUGGGGACACAUUGCUUGCCGGAAUGAAAAUUCGAAGUAACUUGAAAAAUGGUAAGUAUACAUCUCUUGUGUCUUGGAAAGACACAGAAAAUCCUGCUGCAGGUGAGUAUUCAUACCACAUAGACACUCGCGGUUAUCCUCAAUUAGUGGUUACAAAGGAGGACAAGUUAUUCUUCAGAAUAGGUCCAUGGAAUGGGAAUACUUAUUCUGGAAUUCCAUCUCAAACACUGUACAGAUCAUUGAAUUUCUCCUUUGUAAUAACUGAUCAGGAAGUAGUGUAUGGAUAUGAACUUCUUAACAAGUCAACUAUUACAAGAUUCAUCCUCACUACAUCAGGCCAAUCGGCACGUUACAUACUCUCAGAUCAGACAAAGAGUUGGCAGUUUUUGUUUGCUGGUCCUUCAGACCAGUGUGAAAAUUAUGGCCUUUGUGGUGCUAAUUCUAAUUGUGAUUCUAAUGCCACACAGUUAUGUGAAUGCCUUCCCGGUUUCAUUCCCAAAUCUCAAGAAGACUGGAAUUCACAAAGGUGGGAUGAUGGGUGUGUUCGCAGAGUUAACUUAGAGCAUGGCCCUAAUGAUGGCUUUCUAAAGUAUGCUGAAAUGAAAUUACCUGAUACGUCGGCAUCAUGGUUUCAUAGGAGCAUGAAGCUUGAGGAAUGUGAAAAAUUCUGUCUGAAAAACUGCUCUUGCUCAGCAUAUGCAAGUUUAGAUAUCAGAGAUGGUGGGAGUGGCUGCUUGCUUUGGUUCAAUAACAUCAUGGACCUGAGGAAACUGAACUCUGGAGGACAAGACCUGUAUAUAAGAGUGGCGGCUUCAGAAUAUGAACAUAACAAGGGCUUGAACAAGAUGCAGCUUGCAGGGGUUCUGGUAGGCUGUUCUAUAUUUGCAGGGGCCAUGAUAAUACUGGGUAUGGCCUUACUUUGGAAGAAGAAACUUAAGAAGUCAGGAAAGAGCCAAAUACUUAGAUGGAAGAGUGACCCAGACAACAAAGAGGAUGAAUCCAUUGACAUACCAAUAUUUGAAUUAUCAACCAUAGCUAAAGCAACUAAUAACUUCUCCACUAACAACAAAUUGGGAGAAGGUGGAUUUGGACCGGUUUACAAGGGUACUUGGAUAAAUGGGCAAGAUAUAGCAGUGAAGCGGCUAUGCGAUAACUCAGGACAAGGACCAAAAGAGUUCAUUAAUGAAGUUGAGCUAAUUGCCCAUCUUCAGCACCGAAAUCUUGUGAAACUUCUAGGAUGUUGCAUUCAAAAUGAUGAGAGAAUCUUGAUAUAUGAAUUCAUGAUUAAUAGAAGCUUGGACUACUUUAUUUUUGAUCAAACUCGAAAGAGCUCACUGCUUUGGGCUCAACGCUUCCAAAUUAUUUGCGGAAUUGCUAAAGGAGUUCUCUAUCUUCAUGAGGAUUCUAGAUUAAGGAUUAUCCAUAGAGACCUCAAGGCCAGCAACAUUCUUCUAGAUGAAAAUUUGAAUCCAAAAAUAUCAGAUUUUGGUCUUGCUAGAACCUUUGGGGGAGAUGAAGCUGGAGGGAAAACAAAAAGUGUAGCAGGAACUUAUGGUUAUAUUUCUCCAGAGUAUGCCGCCCGUGGGCAUUUCUCAGUGAAAUCAGAUGUCUUCAGUUACGGUGUUAUUUUACUAGAGAUAGUUAGCGGAAAGAAAAACACAGGAUAUUUUGACCAUCAUGAUCUUCACCUUCUUGGUCAUGCAUGGAGACUGUGGUGCGAACAAAUGUUACUGGAGCUGAUAGAUGAAUCUCUAGGCGACUCAAUUGCUCUAGCUGAACAAGAAGUAUUGAGAUGUAUUCAGACUGGACUUCUAUGUGUGCAAGACAGACCAGAGGAUAGGCCAGACAUGUCAGCUGUAGUUCUUAUGCUGAAUGGUGAGAAACCAUUGCCAAGACCAAAGGAACCCGCCUUUUAUCCGCGUCACCUAGGCUCUUCAUUAGAACAUAGUAAGCUACAUUCUAACAAUGAGAUUUCCAUGUCAUUGUUAAAACCGAGAUAGUUUAUACUGGUGAGACAGGGAAUGAGACACAGUUUGAAGAUAGAAGAUUUCAAUACUACGGAGUUUAAUAGGCUUAGGCUUCAAUGCAAACAAAAUAGGUUUCCUUCUCAAUGUAUACGAUGAAUACAAAUCUGUAAGGUGUUUGAGUAUAGAAAACUUCACUAUAUUACUA